AUGUCGUUACCGCGGGGUGUUGGUCUCGGCGUUGACGUUGGACAGUUGAUGCAGCAUCAGCAGCAACAGCAGCAGCAUCAUGUGCUGCCUGCUGCAUUCUUUCUACGUGCUAGUGCUGAACGGUAUCAGAGGACACCCAAGUGUGCGAGAUGUCGGAAUCAUGGGGUUGUGUCGGCUUUGAAGGGACAUAAACGGUACUGUCGGUGGAGGGACUGCGUUUGUGCCAAAUGCACGUUGAUUGCGGAGAGACAGAGGGUUAUGGCUGCACAGGUAGCCCUGAGGAGACAACAGGCACAGGAAGAGAGUGAAGCCAGGGAGCUUGGUCUCCAGCUGCAGUACAAUAAUGGUGCAUGUCCGAGUGGUUCCGUAAUGCCGACGUCUUCGUCAGCUGCACCCACUCGGGACAGUCCACCGCCACAUCCACAUGUAUCCAGUCCUGCUGGUCUAGCCAUCGCUGCUGCAGCGGCCCAGAUUCAGACUCAGUUGCAUCAGCAGAAUGAUUGCGGCUUGCUGAGGAUGAGAGUUCCGGAUGGGUAUUCGUCGCCGGAUAAGAACGACGGAUCCACCACUGGUGCCAAAAGAGCGAGAUUAACCAUAGACUCACUGACCGAGGACGACAGAGACUCGGAUUCAGGUGCCGAAGCGAGGCCGUCGGCCAAAUCGAGAUCCCGAUCCCGAUCUCGUUCCCGUUCCCACUCAGCAAGCCGGACUCAUGCCAGUGGAUCGAGUGGCCACGGUAUGACGAAUGAAUCGGAUUCACUGAUCGGAAGGAAGAGGGAAAACAGUGGUAACGAGACGGACGACGGGAGCCCAGACCCGGGGACUCCCAGCCCCACCCACACGCCACCCUUGACGCCAGCGCUGACUCCACAGAGGGUUGACACUCCUGCGCCUGAGAAUCUCAGUCUGAGAAAAGCGUCGAGCUCCCCGCAAACCCCGACGCAAGCGGUUUUACAGGCAGUGGAUCUUGUUCAACCGAGACACAGUCCACCGCCAUCUUCUUUAGCGGCGGCAGCAGCAGCCGCCCACUUCUCCCCUUACGCUCCCCUUUACGGCCCAGCGGCGAGCUCCCUAUACUGCUCGCCGGCUCUGUAUCAACCCCAACACCAUCAUCACCACUUAGGCACUGAGCCCCGAGAGAUUCAAAUGCAGAUGCAAAUGCAGAUGCAAAAUGUCCAGGCGUGCGGCCUCCAAGUUCAACAGCAUUCACAGCAGCAACACCAGAGAUCGCCAGUUGAUGUGUUAUUGAGGGUCUUUCCAGGGAGACGUCGGGCUGAUGUUGAGGCACUGUUGCAUCGUUGUAAAGGUGACGUGGUCUCAGCCAUGGAGGUCCUAGUCUGCGAAGACAGUCUCCAACCAAAAUCGGCAUUCUCCCCCCUGGCGGGGGCGCUGGCAUCAGCAGCAGCGGCCUCAGCUGCCUCAUCAGCCGGUGCUUACGUAUCCCGCGGUGGUUACUGCGGCCCCAGCCCACCGACCCGCCACAGGUUCCUCGCAGCUCCCUACACGGGGACCGGUUACCUGCCCACCGUCAUAAGGCCACCAAAUCAGGGCUCACACGCUAAUGGCACGGGCGACGCCUACCGGGAAACCAGUCCCGAUGACGCAAGCGACAAAACCAGUUACUCCGAGUGA